AUGUCAUCACCGUCUACGGCCCUCCCUCAUCAGGUCAAACUAACAGACGGCACUUCUCCCCACCCCUCUACAGGAGUGGAGAACCCGUACUAUCACCUCCGCAUCACGGUCACUUGCAGUGGCUGCCAUAGCUUCAAGUACCUGAUGUCCCUGGGGCCCGCAUCCAAGAUCGACGUGGAAGACACGGUCUUCGGGGGCGAAGAAGACGUCUCGACGGUAGCUGGCGAAGGCAAGGUCGUUAUAGACGAGCCUUUGCUAGAGCUUUUGCACGGUAGUACUGUAGACUAUACGACUGAGUUGAUUUGA